AUGGGCGAUACGCUGACGCUGGUGUUCUCACUCCCGACGUCAACACCAUCAUUGACGACGUCUGCGUCGCUCAACGCGGCGCUGUCGUGCAAGCCAAGCGCAUCGGCGUCGGUCACCACGCUCUCAGCCUGCCUCGGCUCGGUACUGUCGGGCAGCUGGUCCGCAGACGCCACGACGCUGACGAUCACGCUGGGCUCCAACGACGCAGCGCUUGCUCCCCAGCCUGGCGCCGCAGAGUUUAUCCCUCUUGUGGCCGGCAACAUCCGCAACGCGCCGGGUACCUCGCUACCGGCGACUGCAGCGUCACCGGUGCUCUCAGGCUCGUGGGGCGCGAGCUCGGCCGAGCUCGUGUUUUUCUUAGCCGCAUCAGGCAGUCGACUCGAAGGCCCGCUGCAGCUGGCCGAGGGCGAGACGGUGGCGUUGCUUGCGCAACUCUCGCUGGUUCCGUCGGCGCCGGUCGACGCAAUCCUCUCGGUUGGCGAUAACGCGCCCGAGGCGCCGCGUGGCCCGCACUUGGCGCUCUCAACGACCCGCCUCAGCUUCUCUACGGCCAAUUGGAAUAUGUUCCAGACGGUGACGGUCACCGGCGUUGCCGACGUUCACGCCGGCGAGCCGCUGGCCUUGGUCAAUCUCAUUCGCGAGCGCUUUGAGUCUGCUGACGCCCUGUACGCCUCGCUGCCAGCGGUGAGUCACCGCAUCAAUGUUGUCGACUCGACCGCGGCCGAGCUAGUACUGGAGCCGCUGGCGGCCCCUCCCGGCACUCCUGUACCGGUACUCGAUCCUGACUUCCCGUUGCCAGCCGGGACGCCGCCAGGCACGGCGACGCUCUCGCACGCCGGGCACAUGCUCUGCUCGCGGAUCUCGCUGGCGUCGUCACCGUGGCGCGCGUCGUCGUCGCCCGGUGCAUCGUCGCCGCGAGUGGUCAUUGAGCUUACAACAAGCGCACCGUCCGCACUGGUGCUUGUGGCCGACGUGACGCCCGAGGCUCUCCCGCUCCCGCCGCUGUGGAUCGACGCGCCGACUGCUGGCCGACUGGGUGGCACUGCGGCGCGCCAGAUGACGGUGGUGCUCGGCGCGACCCGCGAGCUGCCGUUUGUUGAGCCGUGGCAGACUGGUGUCCAGUUCUGCCUCGUUGCGCCGGCAGACUCGGGCCUCGCCGCCUCGGGCCUGUACGAGCUCACAGCAAAGGUGUUGACUGUGCAGACCACGGCCGAGGCGUACGGCACAGCGCCGCCGGCACGUGCGCCGCUAGCCGUCGCGGUGGUGGCAUGGCCGCAUGUGACGACAACGCGCCCGCUGGUGGCGAGCCAAGUCGGCUCCGUCAUCACGCUCGUUGGCCGUGGCCUCUCGACCGCGCUCGAUGUGAGUGUGGCCGGGCAGCUGGCGCCGCCGGCGGUGGCCAACAUGUCAGCGAGUGGCGACAUGACGCAGCUGACGCUGCUGACGCCGGGCGUGACAGCUGAGGGCUACCUCGCCAUCACGCUCACACACCCACUGACUGGCACCUUUACCAGCUACGACGAUCUGUUCUUCACCAACGACUGCCCGUUCGAGGGCCAGUUUGGGCGUGGCCUCGAGUGCAAGUCGUGCCCGGACGGCGCGUUCUGCCCCGGUGGCUACCGGCUCUGGCCGCUCCCGGGCUACUGGACGCCGGCAGAAGACGCCGGCUUUGUGGUCAAGUGCUCGGAGCCGUCUGAGCGGUGUCUGGGCGGGCGGUUUGCGCUCUGCUCGAGUGGGUACGCAGACAAGGCGUGCGCCAACUGCGCACACGGAUACUAUCGCCUCGGCCCGGCCUGUGUCGCAUGCUCCUCGUCGACGGCGGUGUUUGUGACGCUAGUGGCGACCAACGUGGUCUUUUGCGCCCUCUUCAUCGCCGCCACCCUUGUCCUCAACGACUCACUGCUCAACAGUGCGACCCAGUUCCUGCUCGGCGUGCUUGUCCUCUACUCGGUGGCCAAGACCAACGCGUCGGCGAUGACCGGCUGGCUCGCCGAGCUCUACCAGCUGCUCUCGCUCGUCGCCAUGGACUUUCGGUUUGUGCGGCCGGGUUGCCAAGGCCUCCCGGGCUCGUUUGCCGCGCUGUUCUAUGGGGCGCUGGCCCUGGCCCUCGGCAUGGGCCUCGUCAUGCUCGUCCUUCUCACCGCCAUGCCGCUCAUCUUUCCGGCUAGGACUGCGUUCUAUGCCAACCGCCGCAUCCGCGCACCCAUCAUCUAUGCAUUUAUCAUGUACGUCACCCUCUCGCAGCUCUUCCUGGAAGCGCUCCACUGCGCUCCGGUCAAGGAGCCGCAGGGAGUGCGCUGGCUCCUGGUCGCCUCACGUGACAUCAAGUGCCUCUCCUCCCAGCACAUCCCCAUCUUUCUGGUGGCCCUGGUCGGUCUCGGGUCCUUCACCCUAGGCCUCCCGGUCUUUACGGGCGUCAAGCUCCGGGCGCUGCGCGUGCUCGGGGCGCUGGCGAUAGCGGAUAGACUGCGCAAGGUCUCGGAAGCGCACACUGUCCUGGUCCGCCCUUCCGACUUUGCCUCGGCGUCCGGGUCUAGCUCGCUGGCGAGCUCGGCCAGCGGUUCAGGCGCAGCGCAGUUUACGCCGGUAGAGAGCGAGGAAGAUGAAGAGCAAGAGGCGGUGGAUCGCAUGCCGCCGUCCAAGGCGCUUGACGGCCUGAGCGCGACUGCACGGGCACGGUACGGCUUCCUCUUUGAGCAGUACCGAACCGAGACGUACCUAUGGUCGCUGGUCCAGCUGAGCCUGCUGCUAUGCGUGGCGCUGGCCAACACGCUGCUGCGGUCGUCGCCAGCGGCACAGGCCGGCGUGACUGCCGCGGUCCUGCUGACAACGGCAGCGCUGAUGGAAGCUGUCCGCCCGUUCCGCAAAGUGUGGCGGAACCACGCGUCGGCAGCGUUGCUGACCGCGGCGUGUGUGGCGACGCUGCUGGCUUUUGGCGUUGCGACCGGCCCGCUGCGGCGGGCGCGGAUGGAGAUCUCGCUAGCGGUCCUCGCGCUCCUGGUCAUUCUUGUCCUCCUCGGCAUGGUGCGACUCAUCGGGAUGGCGCUUGACUAUCGCGACCGCAUCCUGCGGACCCGGCCGGCGUCUGUGGGUGUUGCCACGUCGACGCUCCCGAUCGCCUCGCACGUCCUCCACGCCGUCUCGCUCGUCAAGUACAUGCCGCGCAGCGAGCGCGACGCCGAGUCUUCCAGCUCGCUCGGCGGCGACGACGAUGGCGAGGCAAGGACUACCGAGACUGACACGCUGUCGCGGCCGCAGCUGGCCGACUCGCCGGCUUCGGCGUCUCAGGCAUCGAUGCCGAUUGCAUCAAGCUCGGUCGUCUUUCUCACCGAGCCCGAGCCUGAGCUCGAGCUCGAGCUCGAGUAUGCCUAUGCACCUUUAACAAGGUCUGGCUCACGACGGCGCAACCUGGCAACUGCGCAGAACCGCCGGGCGCGGACAAGCGGCAAGUCGCGGAGGCGGCGGCGAACCAGCGGCCGAGUGUCGAUGGCUUCGCUGACGCUGCCAGCAGUGACCGAGAUCGAGACCGCCGACUUUGGCCCACUCUCGGUCCCGGGCACAGUGGCCCCCUCACGCAGCCCGUCACAGAGCCGAACGCGACUGCACUCCUCGAACGCCAGUCGCGAAGCGGUUGUUGUCUCGCCAUCAGAGAGACUGUGGCGUGCGCAGACCCAGGCAGGCGUCAGAUCAGGUACCCGCUCGAUCGGCAAUCUGCGCAGCUCGCAGUCUCGCAAGCGGCGGCGACCGACAAUGCGGCGGUCAGCAACAACAGCGAGCAACAUCCGGGCGGGGCUCGGCGUCGUCUCAACCUCGGACCUCGCCACCGCCGUUGCUGUUGAGGAGAAGAAGCGCGAGUUUGGCAAUGACGCCGGCGACGGCGCGUUUGAUAGUAAGCCGCAUACUGCUGCGCAUUGA